GGUGAUGAACUGGAGCACACAGGACGUUAAGGAGGUUGUAGAAGACAAGAAGGUGACGCGAAAAACAAACCGUGGACACUAACUCAUUUGUCUUCUUCUUAAAAACGUGUCUUGGUUCCGGAAUUGAACAACGUUUGGACUCCUGCGCACAUUUUGAGCGGAUUCGCCUCUUCGUUGUUUUUGAAGGGAGGGACUGCCCUCAUCCCAUCAAGGGGACACAUCUUGUCAGGUUUGAGCUUUCAUGAGGAGGACUGACAAGAUGGAGAGUUUGCUACCAUUAUUGGUCCUCAGCUGGAUUUCUCUCAAGGCUCAAGGUGGGGAUGUGUGUGUGUCGGGCCAUGACAGUGGACCAGUGUUUGAAGAGCAGCCAAACAGUGUCAUUUAUCCAGAAGGUCUGAGUGAAGGGAAGCUGGUUCUCAACUGUCAGGCCAGGGCCAGUCCAGCUGCCUCCUACAGGUGGUUGGUGAAUGGUACCGAGGUCCCGUUGGGUUUAGACCUCCGUUACACUCUGGUUGCUGGCAACCUGGUGAUCAGCAGGCCAGAAUGGAGUCGAGACACAGGUUCUUAUCAGUGUCUAGCCAUCAACCGCUGCGGAACCAUCAUCAGCAGAGCAGCCAUCCUUAAAUUUGGCUACCUUCAUGACUUCCCCCCAGACAGCAGGAGUCCUCAAACAGCUUAUGAAGGCCAGGGCACCUUCCUAGCAUGCCAGCCGCCUCCGCAUUACCCAGCUCUGUCCUACCGCUGGUUCCUCAAUGAGUUCCCCAACUUUAUCAAGAAAGAUGACGGUCGCUGGUUUGUAUCCCAGGUAACAGGGAACCUGUAUCUGGCCAAAGCAGAGCCUAACGACACUGGAAGCUACUUCUGUUUCACGACCAUCAACAUGGACAUCAGCACCAAGAGCACCUUCAGCAAAGCCAACCAGCUGAAUGUGCUUCCUGAUGUCAAUCAAAGGAAGUCUGCUCCAAACAUCAAAGUUCGCUUUCCUGCAGAGACCUACGUGCUAGCAGGACACACCGCCCAGCUGGAGUGCUUUGCCUAUGGGAAUCCUGUCCCAAAACUGCGAUGGCGAAAGGUGGAUGGACUAAUGCCGUCCAAGGCAGGAUCUAGUGCUAUUAGUCCCACUCUCAUCCUGCCAGACCUUUCUUUUGACGAUGAAGGCGUCUACGAGUGUGAAGCCUCCAACUCGCAGGGAGUUGAUGUGUACCAGGGCCGCAUCAGCGUGCAAGCUCAGCCAGAGUGGUUGCAGGUGAUGAGCGACUCGGAAGUGGAGAUCAGUUCAGAGCUUCAAUGGGUUUGUGUGGCUUCUGGUAAACCAAGACCUUCCAUUGGUUGGCUGCGUAAUGGGCAGCCUCUCACUACACAGGAAAGAGUACAAGUGAAUGGAGCUCAGCUCAAGAUCAGCAACCUCGCCCUGGAAGAUUCCGGGAUGUACCAGUGUGUGUCUGAGAACAAGCAUGGGACCAUCUACUCCACUGCUGAGCUCAGAGUUCAAGUUCAGGCCCCAGACUUUAGGUUAAACCCUGUGCGGAAACUGAUCCCUGCGGCUAGAGGGGGACAAGUGAUGAUCGAGUGUCGCCCUCGAGCUGCCCCAAAGCCCAGCCUGUUCUGGAGUCGCGGGACAGAGCUGCUCACCAACAGUAGCAGGCUGACAGUGACUCCAGAUGGUAUCUUGUGGAUUACGAAUAUCAGCAGAGCAGAUGAAGGCAAAUACACUUGCUUCGCUGAGAACUACCUGGGCAAAGCAAACAGCACAGGACACCUGUCUGUCAGAGACGCCACCAAGAUCACACUGGCUCCCUCCAACGCUGACAUCAAUCAGGGCGAGAAUGUAACUCUGCAGUGUCACGCCUCCCAUGAUCCUACCAUGGAUCUGACCUUCACCUGGGCCCUCAACGGGGCUCUACUCGACCUGGAGGAAUCGACUGGACCCUACCAUCGAGUGGAGGGCAAGGAAACCAUUGGUGACCUUCUUAUUGUCAAUGCUCAGCUGAGUCAGGCAGGUACUUACACCUGUAGCGCUCAGACGGUGGUGGACAGUGCUUCAGUAACAGCCAAGCUAGUAGUACGAGGCCCCCCAGGACCUCCUGGAGGUUUACUGGUAAGGAAUGUUGCAGAGACAUCAGUGGAACUGACGUGGAGUCGUGGUUAUGACAACCACAGUCCUAUCGGCAACUAUGUGAUCUUAGGACGAUCUUCUCUCUCAACACAGUGGAAGCAGAUGAGGACGGAUCCAGUGAAUAUAGAAGGAAAUGCAGAGUCUGCUAGUGUGGUCGGGUUGUUACCUUGGAUGGAUUAUGAAUUCCAGGUCAUCGCCAGCAACAUCCUGGGCAGUGGAGAGCCAAGCAUGCCCUCACAAACCAUUCGCACACAGCAGUCAGCUCCCUCAGUGGCUCCAAGUGGACUGGGAGGAGGAGGAGGAUAUGGAAAUGAACUUAUCAUUACAUGGACACCCAUGGCCAGAGAAUACCAAAAUGGUGAUGAUUUUGGUUACAUCCUGAAAUUCAGGAAGGAAGAAACGACAUUGUGGACUGAGGUGCGCGUUCCUUUGGUGGAGUCAUCCCGCUACGUGUACUCCAACGUCACCCUGACGCCAUACACGCCCUUUGAGGUGAAGAUCAAAGCUUUUAACCGCAGGGGACAAGGUCCAUUCAGCCAGAUCGCUGUUGUCCACUCUGCUGAGGAAGUGUGA